AUAAAAACCCUCCACCAUGCAGCUAAUGUGUUUAUCGCGCUGUUUAAUCAUGCAAAUAAUUAAGCAACCAAUCAGAUUCCUUGUUGCUCAUUUUACGAACAAAUCAAAUUUUUCGUCCUCCUCCACACUUACAAGAAAAAAAGAGAUUUCGACUCAGGAAACCGCGGCUAGUAACAAUGAAGUUGGUUCUAUGUUUUUUUAUCGGAUCAUGGUGUUGUCUAUUGCUUGAAGCGAGAUACAAAGAAAAAGUAAAACGAUCUAUUAUCGAGGAAUACUUGAAUUGUGACGAUCAAGAAAAAGUAUGCGAGAAAAUCACACCGUUAAAUCAAGCAAAGAUAGAGAAAAAAAAAUUAAAAUUUCGUCGCAUAAAAUUACCAUCCCUUGAGUCCAUUAAGUUAGGAGAUGAAACAGAAGUAGCCUUGCCUGGAGGCGGCGAUUCUAAAGUCAGAGUGUUAAGUCGGAACCCGUUAAUAUUCGAGGUUGACAACUUUGUCGAUGAAGAAGAUUGCGAAUUACUGAUCGACAUUGCAACAGCCAAAUCACUGAAACCACUUUCUAAUAAGAUUCCCGACAUGCAAUUCAAAGAUGCUGAACAGACAUUCAAGGAAUGGGAUUAUGAUCAAAAUGGCAUCAUCACAGCAAAUGAGGUGCGGUUACUACCAGGACUGUCCGGCGUUGAGUUUACUGAUGAAGAUGUUGAUGACAUGUUUUUCUUGACAAAAAUGGACGAAAACAAAGACGGUAAAGUCACGUUGGAUGAAAUGAAAAAAACAGAUUUCACGAAAGCCAAUCAAUACUUUCAACGAAUCCGAACUGAAAAGAGUAGAUUACGUAACAUAACAUCAAGAGCAUCAUGGGUAUGGCACGACACGGAUGAGUUAUUACGACUACAAACAGAUGGAUAUUUUGAGGAAUAUCAUAAAAGAGUUGCAAUGUUAACUGGUCUACCUGUGGAUAUCAUAGAAGAAAGUGAACCCUUACAAGUUAGACAAUUCUCAAAAGGACAGUUCCAAUUGACUCGCCAGGAUAGCGAGCCUGUGGAUAGAGAUAUACCUUGCUGUUUGUAUGGUGACGUAGGAAAGGUCUGCAGACUUUGUAGGUACAUUUCAAUGAAUAUUUUUCUCAGCGAUGUAGAGGGAGGAGAACUUGCGUUUCCACUGGCGAACAAUAAAUAUCAGGAUGUAAUGAACAACUCGGGAGAGUGGAGAGGCUAUUUCAUAUACGCCAAAACAACCGGUAGCAAGUUUUACUUUCAAGUCGACUUUGCUUUUAAAAGAGAAGGUUCAAACAGGAUUUUCUCUGCGCAGGGGAAAGACGAAAGUGGAGAUUUCUCGUUUCAACAUGGUAUCAUCAUAGGAGAUACGAUGAAAUUUGAAAAACGAUACAAUGCGCAAAGCUCAGGCGAUCCAAAUAUCAAGUAUCAAGGUAAAAUAAUCGAUGGUACUAAAGUUUCUGGUUAUUGGUGGUUGCCUGGACAAAAACUACUACGAGGCAGCUUCUUCAUGUGGAAUCGUGAUUACGAGAUAUUUUCUGCUCGUGCUAUCGAUGAAUCAAAUCAAAUCACUGGAUGUCCCAAAUCAUCCCUGGUCGUAAAGCCUAAGAAAGGAAAAGCCGUGUUUUGGUAUAAUAAUUAUAUAAAUCCUAAGGACGGUAUGGUUGGUGAGUUAAACCAAGAAUCAAUGUCCGGUCAUUGCGAAGUUGAAAACGGCGAAAAAUGGCUAGCUACAACAUGGAUAAAUGUCAUCGGCGAUGGAGAUCUAAGUUUGCGAGCAUGGAGAAGAGGAAAUAAUUUUUUCGAAGAUUUUAACAAAACAAAAAACAUAAUGGAGAUAUUAGGAACGAAUGAAGAAAAAAAGGACCAUGAAAAUUAUGAAAGUAAAUAUUUAGAAGAAAUCACAGGGAACAAUAAAACAUCCGGGGACGGGCUGGCGGGUUAUUAUAAACACAAACCCGCAAGCAACGCCCUGCAAGCAUUAAACUUACUUUUCAACGACAUGUCAAUGGAACAGUUACGAUUGAUAGCAAGUAAUGUACAUAAAAAGCUAGGAUUGACAUGUGUUCCUCUCACGGUACAGACAGCUGGUAAAGUCUCCCUCGUGGAUGGGAGCGUGGAAUAAAAGACGUGAAAAAAAACGGUGGACAACCUGUCGCACUCAUGGUAAAAGAUCGCGUAAAUCUUAUUCGGGAAAACCAUGGAAUUGCUAUUCCAUACCUAUAUAAAGAUCCACAGUUUAAAUUAUUCUUCCGGUACAUAUUUAAAACAUACGCUAGAAUAAUCGAAAACUAGUCGAACAUGUGCGACGACAAAGUAUUGCUAAAUAGAGAGCAUGGUUACUAAUUCAUAAUGGUAGAAACGAAAUGUAUACAAUUCGAAGUACACAGAUUCGAAACUACACCAAGUGAUAAAUAUAGUAAAAUACAACAAGUACAACAAGGAGAUUAGUAAAAACAAAGAAUCGCAUUUAUUUAUUUAUGUAUUGGAAGAAACUCGAUCAAAACUAUUUAUAUUUCACUGUAUCACGUGUUACUGCUCUCCUUCUUUGAA